ACAAGGGAAGUUACGAGAAGGGCAUUAUGAAAGCUUGCCUUCGAAUAUAAACUUGUCUAGAAGCUUCCAAGUUUUACCAAAACAUCAAGAGUGCAGAAGCAGAGAUCGGUCCUCAAUAAAAUGUCUCUUUCUCUGUCUUUACAGGAAGUGAGUCAACUCCAAGCAGAUGGGUUGUACAUGCAAGCUGUAGAGCGAUUAACUGCCGAGAUUAAAGGGAAUCCCAAUAGCCAUGAGCUUUUCCUUUUAAGAGCGCAAAACCUACUAAAACUCGAAAAAUUCAAAGAAGCAGCAAGUGAUGCAGCUCGGGCAAUAGAAUUUGGCUCUGGGGCCGAAGCUCAUAUGGUCCAUGGGAAAGCGCUCUUCAAUUUAGGACAGUACCUGGAAUCUUUAGACACUUUCAAGAAGGGCAAAGAAAAAGGAGGUUCCUACUCUGGAAAGCUUGACCAGUUUGGGCAGUGGACAGCUUGGUGUGAGGAGCGGAUUAAGAAGUUAGGACUCUCUGAUAAUCCUGCAGAAAGCGUCCAAAGUAAAGCUGAGAGCACAAUGGCUAAUGCUGAAAAUGCAGCCACCAGUACACAAGACCCCAAUACUAUGCCAGUUCCCAAAAUCAAACAUGAUUGGUAUCAGACGGAUACACACGUUGUCAUCACUAUCCUCAUAAAGAACAUGAAAAAGGAGGAUGUCAAAUUAGACACAACAGAGACAACAGUCAGCGUGAGUGCACCCCUGCCAGGAGGCUCUGAAUAUAGUUUGGAAUUGGAUCUUAGUCAUCCCAUCAACCCUUCUGAAUCAUCAUUUAGAGUCUACACCUCUAAAGUGACAUCAAGUAAAGUGAAGAAAGUUGAUUGCAUUCGUUGGGUAGCCCUGGAAGGAGAUGCAACUGCACCUGUUCCUAAAGCAGUUCCUGGAGCAACCUCAUCAGAUGCAAAGGUUCCUUCAUACCCGACAUCAUCAUCUAAGAAACACGACUGGGAUAAGAUAGAAGCACAAUUAAAAGCUGAGGAAGAGGAUGAGAAACUAGAAGGAGAUGCCGCCCUCAAUAAGCUUUUCCAGAAGAUAUAUGGGCAAGGGUCUGAAGAAACAAAACGUGCUAUGAAUAAGUCAUUUAUGGAAUCUGGAGGCACAGUCCUAAGCACAAAUUGGAAGGAGGUUGGGGAUCAGAAAGUUGAAGUCAAGCCCCCGGAUGGUGUUGAGUACAGGAAGUGGAAUUAGGAAUAUCCAUAAUCGUGCAGUGAGACCAGAAGACAGUUAUAUGAUACGAUAAUGGAACAUUGUCUUCAUCUUCUUUGAAAAACAUAUCUUGUCUUGUUAGUGCAAGGGCAAGCAAGUGUAUCAUUUUUAUAUGUGUAUAACAAAGGAAUGACUUACAUAUGAAAACUAGGACAUUUGCUAUGAAAAGGAAAUGAAGCCAUGCUGAUGUUUAUAAUUUUAAGAAAGUGUUAAACUGGUUUGGCAUUGCAGGAGAAGGCAAAAUUAGGAAAAUUGAUAAUUCAGGUAAAAUAUACACACCAUACUUACUACCUUUCAGAGUUACAUUUUGAAAUUGCAGUAAAAUGAUAAGCAUUGCCUUAAUUAACUGUUCAGUGAUUUAUAGAGAUGAUUUGAAGUAAUUACUUGUUAUGUAUUAUAUUUUACAAAUGGAUAACUGCAUACAAACAUGACUAUUUAUUCUAAUAAAACUUGCUGCAUGCGCUACUAGAACUUUA